AUGGCUCGACUAGGAGCCAGCUGGCCCGUGGCCAUCGUAGUGGCGGUGGCCGUGAUCGACUCCGCUCAGUCCACGAACUGCUCGGCCGCUGACGCCACCAAGAACUGUGUCGACGGGCUCGUCGUGCCCAUAUGGCGUCCAUUCAUGGACCUGACUCCAGGCGACAAGAUCCUACGAGGUCUCAUUUACUUCGUCGUAAUUGCCUAUUGCUUUCUGGGAGUUUCUAUCGUUGCCGAUCGCUUCAUGAGCAGUAUUGAAGUCAUCACAAGUAUGGAGCGGAGGAUCAUCGUAAAGCGACCAGGUCUCGAACCAAUGGAAGUAAAUGUUCGGAUAUGGAAUGAUACCGUAUCGAAUUUAACACUGAUGGCUCUUGGUGAGAAUUCGUUGAAAACUUUACAUCUGUACAGUGUUCAUCAGCUCCUGAAAUUCUUCUUUCUAUCAUCGAGGCUAGUAAUUGUAAUUGCGAAAAAAUUCGAGGCGGGUGAUCUGGGUCCGAACACAAUCGUCGGUUCUGCUGCUUUCAACCUCUUCAUGAUCAUUGCACUUUGUGUGGCUGUCAUUCCUCCUGGAGAAGUGCGCAGACAGAAACAUCUCGACGUCUUCUUCGUCACCGCCUCAUGGUCAAUUUUUGCCUACAUUUGGAUGUACGUGAUACUUGCUGUCACAUCACCGGGAGAGAUCGAAAUCUGGGAAGGCCUUCUUACAUUCGCCUUUUUCCCUCUCACGGUGGUCACCGCCUGGAUUGCGGACAUUAAGAUCAUUCAGACACGUUUCCUUCCCCGUCGCUAUCGUCGUAGUUCGCAUGGCGUGAUCGCAACUGAAGGAGAGGAAAUGAAGAUGCUUGAAAGCAAUGGAAUCACUCAGGCUUAUAAGGAUUUCACUCAGCCGGAUUUUGUUGAUCCCGCAGUGCGUGCCUUCGAAGAGCAUCGAAGAGAAUUCAUAGAGCUUAUGAGGGAAAUUAGGAAAAGGAAUCCUCAUAUCUCUCCUUCUGAUCUCCAAAAGCAGGCCGAAUACGAAAUGAUCGCGAGAGGUCCUAAAUCUCGAGCGUUUUAUCGAGUGCAGGCCACGAGGCGUCUAGUCGGCGGUGGUGACAUUGUGAAGAAGAGAAUCGAUAAAGAACACAAUAAAGCCAUCGAUAUGUUAGUACAGGCGCAAGAAAAACAGAUAAGGGAGAACACUUGCAAAAUAUUCUUCGAUCCAGCUCACUAUACCGUUCUAGAAAACAUCGGAAGUUUCGACGUAGUGGUUGGACGAGAUGGAGGUCCACCUGGUCUUACGGUAAUGGUGGACUAUUACACUGAGGAUGGCACUGCAAAUGCUGGAUCGGACUACAUCCCUGUUAAAGGCACUCUCACAUUCUAUCCAGAUGACAAACAUCAGGAAAUCACCAUCGAAAUUGUGGACGAUGAUGUAUUUGAAGAAGACGAACACUUUUACCUCCACCUGCGCAACCUUCGCGUUCGUACAAAGGACGGCCUCAUUUUAGACCCUUCCCGUAUUGGAGGGUUGCCGGUGGCGCAGUUGGAAAUGCCGGCUACUGCCACCAUAAUGAUUUUAGAUGACGAUCAUGCUGGCGUGUUUUCUUUCGAGUAUGAUCAUUUCGAAGUCAUUGAAAGUUGUGGACAUCUUUCUUUAAGAGUUCUCCGACAUUCUGGAGCGCGAGGAAAAGUCAUCAUUCCGUUCAAAACUGUUGAUGGAUCGGCUAUUGGGGGAAAGCACUACGAAACUAAAGAAGGAGAAUUGGUUUUCGACGACAACCAAACUGAAGCUUUCAUCGAACUUGGAGUGAUGGACACUGAGCAAUAUGAACGAUCCGACUUCUUCUUCAUUGAACUUGGCCCUCCCAUUUGGGCUAAGAAGAUGAGUGAUCUGAGCAAAGUGCAGGAGCGAUUCCAGCGCCGAUUGGAGCAGAAGCGCAGAUCAUCCAUCGCUUUGGACCUCAAAGAAAGCAGUGAGCGAGGCACUCCUAUCCCUGCACAUUCGACGACACGAACACCAUUCUCCGACUUUCUCGCAUUGGAUCCAAGCAAUAGGGCUGUAUCGGCCUCGCCAACUCUUAGCAAUCGUUUCAAAACGCGAAUGGGAUCGUGGAUCGCCGGCAUGAAAGGGACCGACGACGGUCAAGUAACCAAUUUAACAGCCGACCAGCUGGAAGUCGCCGAGUUAGGAAAACCACGGCUCGGCGACUUCACGAGGUGCCAGAUAACUAUCAAGGAAAGCAAGGAAUUCCAAGGCAUUGUUGACCGGAUGAUCAGAAACGCCAACACGAAGUUGAUGCUGGGGACGUCGUCAUGGAGGGAGCAGUUCAUCGACGCCCUCACAGUGAAUGCCGACCACGGCGACGAUGACGACGAUGAGGAUGGAGAGGAAGGCAUGGAAAUAAAAGAGAGAAUGCCACCGAGCUGUCUCGACUAUUUCAUGCAUUUCUUGACGAUGCCGUGGAAACUGAUUUUUGCCACUAUUCCCCCUACUGACUAUUGGGAUGGAUGGGCCUGUUUUAUGGUGUCGAUUUUCAUGAUUGGUGUUCUGACAGCCUUAGUGGGCGAUCUCGCUUCACAGUUUGGUUGCUGGGUUGGUUUGAAGGAUUCCAUUACUGCUAUAUCAUUCGUCGCUCUCGGAACUUCAGUACCAGAUACUUUUGCAUCCAAAGUAUCUGCUGUGCAAGAUAAAUAUGCAGACAACUCCAUCGGAAACGUGACGGGUUCUAAUGCCGUUAACGUUUUCCUGGGCAUAGGAAUCGCUUGGUCAGUCGCUGCCACCUACCACUUCUUCAACGGAACAAAGUUCCUCGUGGAUCCUGGGAAUCUCGGAUUCUCCGUGCUGGUAUUCUGCCUCGAAGCGUGCGCCUGUAUUACAAUAAUAGUGUUAAGGAGAGGAAAACUUGUCGGUGGAGAACUAGGAGGUCCCAUCGGAUAUAGGGUAUGGUCAUUCUUUCUAUUUGUUCUGGAAAUUGCCGACUUGAUAACACUGUUGUUUUUUGUUUGUUGUGGCUUAUCGAUUGGAUGGUGUAAUCCAGUUUCGUGUUCAAUUUUCCUCCUGUUGAUUUUUUAG